UUGGUCGUGGCAAGCAUUUAACAGGUAUAUGUACGGUGGUCUCGAGUACCCUCGAUACCUGUCCGGAAACGCGUACGUAAUGUCCGCGCCGGCCGCGAUUGUGCUGUACAACGCUGCGCUCACUACGCCUUUCUUCCAUUUAGAAGAUAUAUUUAUUACUGGAUUGUGUGCAGCCCGUUCCUCCCCCCUCCUCAUCCCCCGUGGUGACUCCUCAUUCACGUUUUUAACGCAAGACACACGCUGCAUGAUAGUCGCGACUGCGCACAGGGUCCCGGCGUUGAGAAUGAAAUGGAUCACCCAGGAAAUGAUAGACGAGACCCGACGAGAUUAUUGUGAAUGGAUGAGGUUGAGCCAAGAGAGGAAUCGUCUCAAAGCCAAGGAAACUACAAUCGGACGGACAAACCAAAGUAUAUACAAUAACCCUAAUAACAAUGACAGACGUUCCUGGCAGAAGGGGCAAACCUACGAAGUGCUGGCUUGA